UGCCACUGGGUCUGUAAGAGGGGUUUUAUGAGUGUCAGGGCAGCAUCCAAAGAAAUCAGAGUGAGUGGGAACACCCUGAUCGCUACCAUUCUAGUCUGAUGCGAGGACGCAGAGACUGUUGCCUGGAGUUAUGAGGGGAAAAAAAAGACAGACACCCCCCAUUCAGCUGGAUAGCCAAAAUGAUGAAGUAGGAGAGGUCACAGCAGUGCAACUGCAGCUCACCCAUGAAGUUCCUCUCAAACUGCAAUUAACGGAGCGCCAGAGGGAUUCCGCACAAUGGAAUAAUCUACCGAAGCACUACGCAGGAUGGAAAUAACUGCCCAGGUUCAAUCUGAGAAUAAUAAAUAUUGUCACAACAGUACUCCAGAUGGAGGGCUGCCUUCUGUUGGCCCACCAAUGCUAGUGCCAAAACCUCAUCCUCCCAGGAUGGAAAAGGUACAGUGAGGUCCAGGACAAAGGACCUCUUCAAAGGACAGAAAGGUCCCAUCCCGACCGAGUCGGCAGGAGCGCAGGCUGAGGUGGAGGAAGCGCGCCGGGAGGGUGCUGAGGGAAAUGACCUUCCACAGGUUGCCCGCUCAAAUUUGGAAACACAGAGUGACAGUGCUGCUGGUCGCCCUGGCGAUCACCUUACUGCUCAUGCUAUUGGCCACGCACUCUCUGCAGCGAAACAGAAGUACAAAUCUGGUAGCAGACAGCUGGUGGAGGAAGCCAGCCCCUAAAGUUCACAACGAACAUGGUGCAUCCCAUGCCAUCACCCCUGCAGCUAGCAAGGCCCGAGAGGGGCACACACCCAGGCUACCAUCUCCUAGCAUCCGCCAAGGGCGUCCUGCAGGGAGGAAGAGGAGGGGCCUUCCACCCAUAGUCUUCCUCAAGACGCACAAGACUGGCAGCAGCACCGUGCAGAACCUUCUGUUCCGGCUUGGGGAGAGAGAGAGCGCCACUUUCGCCUUCCCGCGCUACACUUACCAAUUCGGCUACCCGGAGAGAUUCCGGGCUGAGUUUGUGGAGGAGCUUCCGGCAGGUUCCUCACAGUUCGACGUGCUCUGCAGCCAGCUGCGCCUGGACGUGGGCCAGCUGAGGAGGCUGAUGCCCCGAAAUGCAGUCUACGUGACCCUGCUGCGCGACCCCGUGCGAACCUUUGAAUCUGUUUUCGGCUGCUAUGCCUCCAACGUGCCCGCCUUCUUCCUCGCCCAAAAAGCCGCUCGAGGGGGCGCCCCUUCAGAAGGGAAGUCGGCGCUCUCCGUUUUCCUGGAAGCGCCCGAGACCUUCUGGGACCCCAGCGAGGCAGGGAACUGCCUGGCGAGGAACCCCAUGAGCUUCGACUUGGGCCUGGACAGCCGGGAGUGGAGCGACUCCUGGCCCGAGAGCCUGGCGCGCCUGGAGGAGGCCUUCCAGCUGGUGAUGAUCGCCGAGCACUUCGACGAGUCCCUCGUCCUCCUGAAGGAGCUGCUGCGCCUGCAGCCGGAGGACCUGGCCUACGUGCGCCUCAACACCCGGGCGGCCGGGGACGUCGCCCCCCUGGACGAAGAGACCAGCGCCAGGAUCCGUGCCUGGAACAGCCUGGACGUGCUGCUCUACGACUUCUUCCUGCAGGUGUUCUGGGAAAGGGCGGAGCGCUUCGGGCUUGAGCGGCUCCAGAGAGAGGCGGCUCACCUGAGGGAUGUGGCGGAGCGCGUGAGGAGGCGGUGUCUGGCCAGGGAGGGCGUGGCUCCCAGAGAGCUGGGAGACCUGAUCAGGCCCCUGCAGUCCAACACAGCUACUAUCCUGGGGUAUGAACUGUGGGGAAACCUGACAGAAGAGGAGCAGGGCAUCUGUGUUCGGCUAGUACUGCCUGAACUCCAAUACCACUCCUACUUGUACUUCCAGCAGUAUGGGCAUGAUAUGAGGGCUGUCCCAACAGACUAAACUGCACCAGACAUAUACAGCAUUGAAGAUGCCUUUGGAUGCUUGUUGGGUUAAUCCUCCUGCACCUAACUCAGAAUGCAAAUCAGAGAAAGCAUAGAUAAUCACAAUAAUAGUCAUAAAAGUGAUGUAAAAAG